CUUUCUUCCUGAUCAACUAUCUCCCAAAGCUCAACACCAUGAGUGGUCAAAGCGUUUUGGACCGACUUGCGGCCCUCGACACCAACACAGUCUCCGAUGCCUUGGACUUCCUCGGCCUCAAAGGAGCCACAUACGGGCUACAACCACUCUGGGACUGUCCCAAAAUCGUCGGACGCGCCAGCACAGUGAAGCUACUCCCUAAGACGGACGCUGCUCCCACGACCCAUCUCCUCACUCCGGUCAUAGAUGCAGUUACGACGGACGAUCGGAUUCUCGUCAUUUCCGGCGGUACCGACGGGAUCUCAUGCUGGGGCGAUAUCAUUGCCAACGCCUCCAAAGUGAAGCAGAUCCGUGGUACCGUCAUCGAUGGCAUGAGCCGUGAUAUUGACGGCAGUCGUGACGUGGGAUAUCCUGUCUACGGCCGUGGUGUUACUAUGAUUAGUGCGCGCAAUCGCAUUGUCCAACUCGACUCUGGCAUACCGAUUCAGAUGCAAGGUGUGACAGUCAACCAGGAUGAUUAUGUGAUUGCCGACCGAUGCGGGACAGUGUUUGUCCCUGCGCGCCGGAUCGAGGAGGUCGUGGAAUUGGGCGAGCGUAUAGAUCGCCGUCAAGCACUCAUGGUCCGGGACGUGCGAGCCGGGAGACCUGUGUCGGAGGUCAUGCACGACACGCAAUUUGCAGCGAUUCAACAGAGCAAAGCGUCCCCUGAAGCCGCGCCAUCCUCGCCUCACAAUCCCAAGGAAGCCACUGCUGAGGACAAGGAGCUGGUGGCAUUGUUCGCCGAUUCCGACACCCCCGGCGUCUCUGACGCUCUCGAUAAACUUGGAAUUCCCGGGCAAGCGUUUAACAUCAUGCCUUUGACGGACUACAAACAGGUCACCGUCGGCCCGGCCUACACUGUGCGUUACGAGCCCGCCAGCAAUCCGCCGGGGAGCGUUGGCGAUUUCAUCGAUGACGUUGCCGUCGGUGAUAUGGUAGUCAUUGAUAACAACGGACGCACCGAUUGCACUGUUUGGGGUGAUAUCAUGACACAGUACGCUGGUCUGCGAGGCAUUGCGGGAUCUGUUAUAGACGGCGUGUGUCGCGAUGUGAAUAGAGCUCUUAGUGAUGACUACCCGCUUUUCACAGCUGGACGGUGGAUGCGGACUGGCAAGGAUCGGGUUCAGGUGGCCGGUGUCAACGAGACGGUCAGUGUGGGCAAAGUUCGUGUCGAACCUCGCGACAUUGUCGUUGCGGAUGCAAACGGCGUCGUUAUUGUUCCGCGACAUCGAGCUCGGGAGGUGGCCGAAGUCACGCAAAGGAUCGAAAGGACCGAGGCUGGCAUACGAGAAAUGAUUGCUGGCGGGGCCACAAUCGCGGAGGCGAGAGAGAAACUUGGGUAUCACACAUUGCAGCGUAAGGAGUAA